UUUUUUUCUUAUCCUGGGUGAGCAGCGCUCAGCUAAAGUGACUGCCCCACUGUCCCUGCCUCUCUAUUUGGUCCUCUGUAACUCUGUGACUCUCAAGAGGCUUCCCCCACCUUCAGAGCUCUGUUUGGGAAAUUCCCUUCAAGAGCUGAAUUCUAAGCAUAUUUACUUUAUAGGAAGGAGCAGAAAGGCAGCAUGUCAGCAGAAGCACCGAUCACCCUAAAUAUGGACCCUCAGGACCUGCGGAUCCAGACAUUCACUGUAGAGAAGUUACUGGAGCCUCUGAUAAUCCAGGUCACCACACUGGUAAAUUGUCCCCAGAAUCCUUCCAAUAGGAAAAAAGGAUGCUCAAAAAAAGCCAGAGUCCUUCUGGCCUCUGUGGAGGAAGCAACUUGGAAUUUGUUGGACAAGGGAGAGAAGGUUGCUCAGGAAGCUGCCGUUUUAAAGGAAGAACUGGGAGCUGUGCUUCAGGAAGUUCGCAAAGAGAGUAAAGCCCUGAAGAUAUCAGCUGAGAGAUUUACAGAGGACCCCUGCUAUCUCCCAAAAAGGGAGGCUGUGGUUCAAGCUGCCCGUGCCUUGUUGGUGGCAGUUACAAGACUCCUUACUCUGGCGGACAUGAUUGAUGUCAUGUGUCUCUUGCAACAUGUGUCAUCUUUUCAAAGAACAUUUGAGUCUCUUAAAAACGUUUCCAACAAAUCUGACCUCCAGAAAACCUACCAGAAGCUCGGGAAGGAGCUGGAAAAUCUAGAUUAUUUAGCCUUCAAGCGUCAGCAGGACUUAAAAUCUCCUAACCAGAGGGAUGAAAUUGCAGCAGCCCGGGCCACUUUGAAAGAGAACACCCCUCUCCUGCAUUCGAUUUGUUCGGCUUGUUUGGAACAUUCUGAUGUUGCUUCCCUCAAAGCCAGUAAGGACUCGGUCUGCGAGGGAAUUCAGAAUGCCCUCAAUGUGAUUUCAAAUGCUUCCCAAGGCAUCCCGAAUAUGCUGCCCCCAUCUGAGCCUCAGGCUGCAACCCUGGGAAGUGCGCUUGAUGAGCUGGAGAAUUUAAUUGUCCUGAACCCACUCACAGUGACAGAGGAGUUAAGACCCUCCCUGGAGAAACGCCUAGAAGCCAUCGUCAGCGGGGCCGCACUAUUGGCCGACUCUUCUUGCACCAGAGACUUCCACCGAGAGCGGAUCAUCGCGGAGUGCAACGCUAUUCGCCAGGCUCUCCAGGACCUGCUGUCCGAGUACAUGAACAAUACUGGAAAAAAGGAAAGGAGUAAUGCCCUGAAUAUUGCUAUCGACAACAUGUGCAAGAAAACUAGAGACCUUCGUAGACAGCUCCGGAAGGCUAUUAUAGAUCAUGUAUCAGAUUCUUUCUUGGAUACAACAGUCCCCCUUCUGGUUCUCACUGAAGCUGCUAAGAACGGCCGAGAAAGGGAAAUAAAGGAGUAUGCCACGAUAUUUCAUGAGCACACAGGCAGGCUUGUGGAGGUCGCAAACCUUGCUUGUUCCAUGUCAGCAAAUGAAGAUGGAAUUAAAAUUGUCAGACUAGCAGCCAAUCACCUGGAAAUUCUGUGUCCACAGGUUAUAAAUGCUGCGCUUGCUUUGGCUUCAAGACCCAAGAGUCAUGUGGUCAAAAACACCAUGGACAUGUAUAAGCGCACAUGGGAACAUUACAUAUGUGUUCUCACAGAAGCUGUGGAUGACAUCACAAGCAUUGAUGACUUCCUUGCUGUAUCUGAAAACCACAUCCUGGAAGAUGUCAACAAAUGUAUCAUAGCCUUGAGAGACCAGGAUGCUGAUAAUUUAGACCGAGCUGCAGGUGCCAUCAGAGGACGGGCAGCAAGAGUCGCUCACAUUGUGACUGGUGAAAUGGACAGUUAUGAGCCAGGCGCUUACACUGAAGGAGUGAUGAAAAGUGUCAACUUCCUUACAAGCACUGUUAUUCCGGAAUUUGUGACACAAGUGAACGUGGCCUUGGAGGCCUUAGGCAAGAACUCACUGAAUGUGUUUGAUGAUAAUCAAUUUGUGGACAUCGCCAAGAAGAUCUACGAUACAAUUCAUGAUAUCAGAUGUUCAGUCAUGAUGAUCCGGACUCCAGAGGAACUAGAAGAUGUUUCAGACCUUGAAGAAGAUCAUGAGAUCCGAAGCCACACCAGCGUUCAGACAGAAGGGAAAACUGACAGGGCGAAGAUGACUCAGCUGCCCGAGGCGGAAAAGGAAAAGAUUGCUCAGCAAGUGGCUGAUUUCAAGAAAGUGAAGGGCAGGCUGGAUGCAGAGAUUGAGAUAUGGGACGACACGAGCAAUGACAUCAUCGUUCUCGCCAAGAAGAUGUGCAUGAUCAUGAUGGAGAUGACGGACUUCACCAGGGGCAAAGGACCACUAAAGCAUACCACAGAUGUGAUAUGUGCGGCUAAAAUGAUAGCAGAUUCGGGAUCAAGGAUGGAUGUCCUUGCUCGGCAGAUUGCUAACCAGUGUCCAGAUCCAUCGUGCAAACAGGACUUGCUGGCUGAUCUGGAACAGAUUAAAUUCUACUCUCACCAGCUGAAGAUCUGCAGUCAAGUCAAAGCUGAAAUCCAGAACCUGGGGGGAGAGCUUAUCAUGUCAGCUUUGGACAGUGUCACCUCCCUCAUCCAAGCGGCCAAAAAUUUAAUGAAUGCUGUAGUGCAAACAGUGAAAAUGUCCUACAUUGCUUCCACCAAGAUCAUCCGAAUUCAGAAUCCUACAGGACCCCGGCACCCAGUAGUCAUGUGGAGAAUGAAGGCCCCAGCCAAAAAGCCCUUGAUUAAAAGAGAGAAACCCGGAGAAACAUGUGCAGCUGUCAGACGAGGCUCAGCAAAGAAGAAGAUACACCCGGUGCAAGUCAUGAGCGAAUUUAGAGGAAGACAAGUUUACUGAGCCCCGAGCCUACGUUUGUGCCAAUGUUCCAAACUCCUGGCUAACCACCCUGCUUUGUUUCACAGUUGAUUAGCUCUGUACUUUCACCAACUUUCAGAGUUUAACUCACAAAUAACAUGGAACACUGGGAUUAAGCCAAUGUGAACAACAUGUAUUUGGGAUUAUGUCAUUGUCACCUGUGUGGAGGCAGCACUGAAUAGCUCAUGGGCAGGUAGUACUGAGGGACUAAACUCUCAGGUGUUAUUCAACCUGACCCAUCACAGGGACUACCCUACAUUCUUUGCAAAAUGAACCCGAGACAUGAAGUGAGAGCUAUUUACCUGGAAUAGUCUGAAUGUGCUCACUCUUUUCUUUGUGGGUAAAGACACUCCCAAGAGCUUUUCACUUGCAUUUCAUUGGAAACAAAAGUUUAUCAGGUUUUUUCCCAGAUAGUCUGUAAUUUCUUUAACUGACCUAACCUGAUACCUAACCUGCCAGAAAUGUGCAAUUCUUGACAUAAGAGUUUUCAAUCCCUCAGUAUCUCUACCCACUAUUAAUUGUUUAGUCUACUCUAAUCAAAUGAGAGUGAGUGAUAAAGUUACUUAAGUAGAGUUUAAAAGUCGGACUUGUUACUAACAAAAUGCUUUCUUGAUACCAUAAGGCUGCAGUGACUUUGGAUGUAAGGUAGAUACUGUUUGGGUCCAUUGUGUUUGGAAUGUCUGCACUCUGGAGUGCUGGGUUUAUCACAGUACAUACAAGAGUUAUCAUCUGCUGGAGAAAUUGUUCUUGUUGGUCGAUCUGUUUAUUUUACUUGGAUUGAAACUAAGGCCUUGUACAUGCUAGGCAAGUGACCUACGAUUGAGCUAAAUCCCUAGCCUUCCUGUUAGAGAAAUGACGCAUUGAGUUGUCUCAAAGUAAGUCUAUGAUGAUGGAGGUGAAAGGAAAUAUAUCUGCAUGUCUUUCAAGAUCUCUUUAUAUCUGUUUUGUAAUUGUAAUUAGAAGGUAAGGCCAUUGAAAAGUCCUUUGUCACGGAGUGAAGUAUACCACCAAACUGUGAAGGAAGCUAAUGUGGGUGAGGCAGGAGUGAUUUUAAUAACUAUCCCUUAAAUAAGCCACGGGAGUCAUUUUACAUGACCAACAGCUGUUCAUCCACACUUGAGUGUUUCUCUCUCUCUCUCUCUCUCUCUCUCUCUCUCUCUCUCUCUCGCUCAUGCUCUCUCUCACACUACCUUUGUGUAAGUGGUCUUGGAGGAGUUAAGUUUCAGUUUCACUUUGUCACACCCAGGAUUGGUUGACAUUAAUUCCCUCUUAAAUUGGAUCAGAAUACUGUUUCUUAUAGUACAAUGAUGUUCGUGAAGAGUUGUUUUAACACUUUUCUAUUAGUAGAAUAAGAUUUCUCCGUGUAACAGCAGUUAAUGUCAGGAAGACCAUUUACACAUGAAGCAGAAGAAGUAUGCAGGUUGAAAGUGUGGCGUGUUGACUAUCUUGAACAUACAGGUGAAAACAGGAUCUAGCAGGUCACUUUAACCAUGAGGGAAAUAAUAAUUCUCUUUUAAUUCAAUGAAUUAUUUCAUUCUUCCAAAGCGCUGUGCUGCCUGGCUUUUGCGUAAAACCUCCUAGGAACUGAAGGAAAUUCACUCAUUUCUCCUCUCUGUCUUACCCUAGGGACUUGCCCACAACAAUUAUCCUGGGCAAAGUGUACACAUAUGAAGAGAUGCAGUGAAGGGAACUUGGCCUUCAUAUGAUGCUGUCUUUCGGAGGCAUCUCAGCAUCUGAGGCACAUAGGGGGCAGCUGCUGUUGGAACUCUCCCAGGAUAUUCCAUUCUCCAUGUGGAGCAAUUCUAGCAUAGCCCUCUCCCAGAUUGAUAAUUUGUUGAAAAAUGAUUUUUCUUUAAAAUAUCCAACACUGCCCCAUCUGUAUAUCCUAGUUCCUACAAGCAAGAACACAAGAAUCCUGAGUCUUAUUUGAAAAAUCCGCUGUGUAUUUGGCAUUAUAUUAUCCUUCCACAUAUUGGAAUUCAUCAUGCAGUGUUGGAAGACAAAAGAACAGAAACAAAAUUAAAUGAUGCUACUACCAAACACCCUUGAUUCUUUAUCCUUUAAAAAAGAAAUUUUUUACCCAAAAUAAUAUGCAACCAAGGCAUUUUCUUUACCGUAGGUAGAUUGGUAGCUAAAUUCAAAGCAAACAACUAUAAUUAAAACAAGCUUUGACUUGGCAAAUAUCCCGGAAAUAAAUUUUCUGUAGCAAUCAAAGGUGUAAUAAAAGCAAGACACAUAAAGCUGACAGGGACAUCUGUCCAUCUCAGGAAAUUCUUACUGUACGCAGCGGUCUGAAAUUUAAUUGGACUCAAACAAUGAACAAUACAAUGUGACUGUAGAAAGGGAAAUUAGAAGUAAAAAUACUGACAAUUAUUAUGUCUUAUCAAUAAGCAUAAUUCUAUGGACAUACUCAUAGCUAGGCUUUUCUUCUGCAUGGAAGAAGAAAUUUCUUAACAGGAGUGAUAAUUUGGUGGCCCAGGAUGCCAUCAUAGGGAUUGGUGACCCCUCAGAUGAUACAUUGUUCAGUUCUGCGAAUGAGACCUUGCCUGAGAUUUAUUAUGUUCAUUUAUAGAAAAUAUCACUUGAGAGAAGUUUUAUACAACCUGCAAGGAUACAGCCAUCCCCACUUAACCACUUGCAUC